AUAAAAGAUGCCAUUUUCGAAGGAGUCGGUCUACUGCGCGGUCAUAAGCUUGCAUUCUACGAUCAUACACAACGUUGGAUGGGUGCAGUGGCAUCCGUAGAGAGAAGUACAUCAGAGAAUGAUGAGGUUUGGGGAUGUGUUUGGAGGGUUUCUGAUUCGUACGCUUCUGAGCUGGACAAGCAAGAACGAGGAUAUCACCGACUCACCGUUGAAGUCGAGAUGAACGGAGUGCCACUAGAGUGUCGUACCUAUCAAUAUUCGAAUCCAAGUCGUAAAUCAUCUCUACCAUCACCUCAUUACAAACAAGUUAUUGUCAGUGGAGCCAUACAACAUUCUUUACCGAUCGAGUAUAUUGACAAACUGAAACUGAUUGAAGAUAACGGUUUUGUUGGUAAAAUUAAUAUGGAUUUAGAUGCCAUCAAACAUUUGAAUUAUACACUUAAUAGCGACAAU